AUGGAAAAACAGGAGGGAAGAGAUUUUCUGACCUCGCUUCUCAACAAGAACCUGCGCGUCCUGGCUACUGAUGGCCGCAUGUUCCUUGGCCAAUUCAAGUGCACCGAUCCGGAUCGCAACGUAGUGUUAGCUCACACGUACGAAUACCGGCAGCCAUCAGCGCAGCAACGGGCCGAAGCCGCCAAGAAGGCUACAGAGGGAACGGCUUCGGUCACGAUGGACAUGACGUCCCGGUACCUGGGCUUGGUCGUGGUGCCCGGGCAGUACAUCGUGAAGAUUGAAGUAGAAGAAUUCGCGAGUCAGAUCGGGGGCCGGAAUCCAUACGCCGACGUUGUCGUGUAG